CGUCGACAACUGUUCUCGUUGAGCAUAGCACUCAUUCGCAAGGUGGGGUGCCGUCACAAUGCACGACGCGCGCGAAGUCGGGCAAGCAGCAGAGCGGCCGCCGAUGUCAUCGUACGGGUGCGGGGGCAGCCGUGGCGUGCUGCCGUCAUCCUCAGCUGCGGUGCGCUCAGCUCUUCCUCGCAGCGGUCCUGCAGGAAGGGUGACGACAGCGACUACGGCGGAGUCCACCCAGGUGAUAGAGAGGAUCAUAGCGCGGUACUCAAGGAUGCACACCGACGUUCAAGCUGUUGACGGAGGUGACGAGGACGCGGAAGAGGAGGAUGUACCAGAGGAGGGCUUAAUGGACGACGAGGACGAAAGCAAGGAGGAUGAUGACGCUGCGGUGAAGGAGGUCACACAAAAGACCGCGAAGAAGACGACGAAGAGUCGUCGGAAGUCCAAGGCGGGAGAUGGAGGCCCCGGUGAUGGCGAGGAGGGGGGGGGAAGAAACGCGAAGAACUGGGGUUUGGACGAUUCGCUCGUCCUGGUCCGUUGCAAAAGGGACCAGGACGAUUACAUGUCAGGCCAGGGGAGCAACUUCGCGCGAAUGAAGACGAAGACUUGGAAAUGGAACGACAUAGCGAAGUGAAUGGCCCAACAAGGGGUUACGAAUAGAGAUGGAGAGUCGUGCAUGAAAAGGUGGGAGAACAUCUUCGGGUGGUACAUGAAAGUCUGGGACAGGGAGACAGAUUCCGGCCUGCAGUCUUUUUUCCUCUUGACAGCGAAGAAACGGAAACAGUUGGGGUAUAAGUUCACGAUGGGUCGGCAGCUGUACGACGCUAUUCACGCGACGACGCCGAACAAUC